GAGCUACGAUAAAAAUAAAUAAACAAUAACAUGAACUAGUUUUGCUACCGUUUGAUAUAUCAUGAAUUUAUAGCAUAAUUUUUAUGUAGAUUGUUUAGUGUUCUGGGAAAAAAACAAGUAUUUUUUAAUAUUUUUAAUUAAUAUUAUGAAAGAAGACCUAUGAUAGAUAGGUGUAACGUUUUUAGCAGCUAAAUCUUACUUUUUUUUUUUUUUUUUAUUUUUUCCUUUUGCUGUUUUUUUUUUUUUUUUUUUUUUUUACUUAUGCCUUAUGCCGUUAUUCUUUCUUUAUGCUCUCAAGCCACUGCUGACUGAAUGACUGACGGACGGGGAACUGACUACUGACUCUCACUCUAUCACUCUCAAUCUCAGUAGUCUAAAUCUCAGUAGUCUCAGUCUCGACUGAGUUUCAGUCUCGAUUGAUGAGUGUCCACUCAGUGUUUUCAAAAUAACGGAUAAUGGAUAAUGUGACGUAUGAAGUUAAAGCCUAUUUUAAUUUUCUCACGUUUUUAUUUACCAUGACUCAUGCGUCUUCAGACUCUUCAUGCAUGACAUCAAUGGCAUGCCAUUUUAAUUAAUACAUGACCUUAGUUAAUUAAUAAGUUGUUAAGUUUAUUAAAAGAACUGAAUUCUAAAUUAUUUCCUAAUUUAUUCAUUUCUUUUUUUGAAGAAACACUACAUUAUCUUUAACUUUAAGUCAAUGGUUAGCUUUAGCAGUUUGAAUUUAAGACAUAAUUGACAUAUAUUUAUAUUUAUUUAUAGUGAUAUCAUAAAAAUAUAACAUAAUUUAUAGCAUCAUUUCAUUAUUAUAAAUUAGUAAAUUGCCCAAUUACCAAUUCUAACUCUAACAAUAAUAAAUUAAUUUGGCUAGUGUUGAUUCGGCAUGCCUCUUAAGCCUUAAAUUUCUGUGUAGGAUUCUCUCCUAUAUGACGUUUGUUUAUACUUGGAUUGUUACUAGAGUUAAAGUUUCUUUUUUAAAUAUUUAUUCACCGAUGGAUCAUUGUAAAUUAAUAUUUCAUUGUGUGGUUAAUUAUAAUUUGUCAAACGAGAUUAAAAUGAGGCUAAAUUUUGUAGCACACAUGUUUUAGUUGAGGGAAGGGAGUGGCCACAGGUCAUUGACAAUUUUCACCACAUAACAAUAAAGUAAUAUAGUGUGUAAAAAUGUGUUCUAAGAAUCUUUAAGUUGAGUUUUCAAUUUUUUAUAUUGUUUUUCUUCCUUUUUACACUUUUCUCACCACAGUGUGUAACUGUAGCACACAGGUUUUAGUUGAGGGAAGGGAGCGACUGCAGGUAAUUGACACUUCUUACCUCAUAUCUGGAGGGAUACAAUAAAGUUGCUAUAUUAGCCAUGAAAUUAAUGUGACAAUUAAAUUGAAAAUUUUGUUUCUAUUUUCGUUUCUCUUGGUAAAUUGCUGAAAUCUUUCCCAUCCCCAUUUUAGCAGAUGUGUGUUUGCACUAUUUUUUUUUAAACGGCCACCAUCUUGGUUGCCAUACACUCUGGCGCCAAGCCAACCAAGAUUGUGGCAGUGGGAAAUGAGUGGCAUGCCAAACCAACAUUUACCCUUAAUUUAAUUAUUAAUAAUUAUGAGUGAUAUCAGACCAUAACAUCCAAAUAUAGUCCUAGUUAUAUUCAGAUUAUUUUAGUUACCAUUGCUAUUAUAAUGAUUGCAUUUAAACUGAUUAAUUAUUUAAAAGACUUAGACCUAAGAGAAUGUAAGAAAAGCUAUGGAACUCGUCUGAAACUAUUUUCAAUAUCUUAGAUAUGUGAAUUAAUAUAUAAAUUACCUUAUAAUAAUGUAUAUUGCAUGUGGCGCAGACAUGUAAACAUCAACUUAUAUUUUUUUAAAGUCUUUUUCAGCUGAAUAAAUUAUUUGUUUUUGCAAAGUAGGUGAGCAAAGAUAUCCAUAGAAGGGCUGGUUACAACAGGAAUGCAUAUUAUGGCAAGAAGGGGGGUUUUAAGUGUCAAAUUAAACCAGGAUCAAGGUGGGUCUAAAUUUCAGAUCUCAAACUCUCAGCUUGAUAUGUCUCUCCCAACUGCUGUAUAACUAAUGUCUGUCUAUAUAAAGAAGGAAGUUAUUAUCAGAAAUUAAUUCUCAUUACCAUAAAAUGACUAUUAAUUGUAUCUGUUUAUUACUCUGUGUCAGUGUGCCUGAGAUUAAUUGUAUACUUGCAGCCUAUCUAUCAAAUACAAAAAUGCAACAGUGUGAUUGAUAAUUUUAUAUGCAGGAUGUCAAUUGACAUUGUAAUUGAUGAUGUCAUUUUUUAAUGAUGUUAUUUUUAAAGAGUACUUUACUUGUGCAACGGAAGAUGGCCUUCGAAUAUUUCAUAUGGACCCCCUUGUACAGACCCAUCAUAUUGGUUAGUGGGUUUUCAUUUCAUAUACUUUUUUAUUCAUUAAUAGGCCUAUUUAAACAAAAAUCUGUAAAUUGAAAACAAUAAUCGAACAUAGAAAAUUUUCUAUUAAAUAGUCUUGAUACAAUAACAUUUUAUAAAAAAAUGAGAUUUAAGAAUAAAAAAUCGUAUACAAGAUCAUAAUAUUUUUCAUAUUUUAUUUCUCUUUAAUAUUGAUCAGAGAUGUCUUAAAAAGAAUUUUUAAUGUAAUGUUUAUUUAAAAAAUAAAAAUGUAACAUUUAUUUUAUACUAUAAUUUAUAGUAAAUUAUUUUCAGUCUAAAAAUGUAUAAAUUUCAUUUCUCAAGCAGAAGCUUCCAAAAUUGGCAGCAUUCGCAUUGCUGAGAUGAGGUUAAGAUCCAACAUUGUUGCCUUCGUUAGUGGAGGCUCACGUCCAUUAUAUGAUGACAGAACAGGUAAACUUUAUUUCAGUCCUGUCCCUAAGUAAAAUGAAAAGAAAAUGUAUUUGUUCAUGGGAUGUUAAAAAUCAUAACAUAAACAUGAGAAAAUUGAAUGUCUUUAUGAUGGUUAUUUAGUUACCAUUAAUUCAGAAUUGUGUGUUCUCUAUUUAUAAAUAAUUUUCAAGCUAAAAGUUAAAUUACACUAAGUUAAUGUAAAAAUAGUUUCCUACUAUUACACUAACCAUGUUACAAUGAAAAAAAGUGAAGACUUUAAUAACUUAUUGACUAUUUCUGUGUUUAGUUACUUUAUGGGAUCUGCAAAAAGAGACAGCUGUAUCUAAAGUCGUUUUGAAGGAGCCAGUGCUAGAUGUUAAAAUGACCACUGACAGGUCAGGAGAAUUUUUUAAGAAAAUCAAAUUCUUAUAAGAUAUCUUCUAAGGUUAUAAUUAACUUUAUAGUCAUUAAAUAUAAAGAGAACCCUUAAAAUUAUUUUUGCUUUGUUGGCUAUUAUUUUUGGCAAUAGUAAUUUGUAUUUGGCUUUCAAAAGUUAAAAUAUCAUACACACAUUGGAUUUGAAACUUAAUGAUUAGUAAAACAUUUUUUACAGUGAAUUAAUUCUUAUGGAAGUAAUGAGUGUUUGUAAAUUUCAAUUGCAGAUUGCUGGUAAUACUUCGUAGCAGAAUCAUUUUGCUUUCUUUUCCUGGUGGGGAAACUUUAUCAGAGCUAAUCUCUAGAGAUAAUCCAAACGGUAUGCGAUAAUGAUAAUAAGUGGGAAGAGACUGCAGUCAGUUUUAGAAAGAAGGAAAUGUGUGAAACAAAGUAUCGUAAAACCUGAAAAGGAUGCAUCAAAGCAAUGAAAGUGUCUGCAAGAAGCCGUCUUCAGCAAACAAACAAUGACUAACACAAAUAUAAAAUUAAAACUUGUCUUUUUUAUCUGAGUUUUUGUAUCUGAGAGGACAGCAAGAGGAAUGUGGUAGACCAUUAGUUGGUAAGAUAGUUAAUAUAGUUGGCCGGGGGGGGGGGGUGAGUAAGUCCAUGGGCAAGUAAAAAGGAAUAAGUGGAGUAAAGAUAUAACAAAUGAAGGAUAAAAUUACAUUCAUGCCAUGUUGUUCUCAAGGUCCCAUAAAUGUGUAAUAGGUUUUCCUUUAAGUUCAGGCUAGCAGACAAUUUUGUACAGGAAACGAUGGCGGUAAUUGACAAAUUUCUUGUGCUCUUGUGGUCGCUUCUAUUAAAGUGUUUUGAGAUAGGACAGUGUUUAGCUUGCGCAAUAUUUCUUAGGUGUUCAGAUCAUCCGUCUGAUAAGGUACAUGGCAGCGAGUACAAACAAUGGGCAAUGAUGUAGAUAAAAGUGCAGCUUGUGCAAAGGAAACCGUCAUAGAGAAGGGAAUGUAUUGAGUCUGGAUGACAAAAGGACAAGUGUUAAAAUGGCUUAAUCUAUCUUCAUGGCUUGGUUCCAAAGUGGGAGGGGGUAGCGCAGAGUUUGCUAAAAGCAAGGAGAUAUCAUCGAGUCUUAUAUCUUCUGAGCACAAUUUUCAGAUUUCAAGAAAAUGUUGUUAGUGUCAGGAAAGGGGAGGAAACUGGUUUUGUUAAGAGAUUGUGGGUAUGAUAAGUAAGAAAAAGUUUAGUCCUGUCUCCAUUGUGACUCAGACGUGAUCUGAAGGCUUAAGCACCAAGUGAUGAUUUUAACCUGUUGAAAGGCUGAUAAAUGUACUGUCUUGAGGUAGGACCUACAUCAGAAAGAGUCGACCAUCUCAAGUACCUUGCCCAAAAGUUAUCCUCAGAAUGUUCAAGUUGAUGAAGACAAAGUAGUUGAGAAAAGGAAAUUGGACCCUUACAGGAUUUAGGGUGGAAGCAGAGUAGAGUAAAUAGCUGUGGCUGUCAGUAGGUUUUCAUUAGGCGUAGAUGAGGAAGCUUGUCUUUUUGAACUGUAACCAUAAUGCCCAAAAAGUUAACCGAGAUCUCAGAUAACUUUGAUGUGAAUUUAAUGGAGGGAUGGUAAGCGCAUACAAAGUUGAUGAAUAGGUCAAAUUCGCUCCUCUCCAAGGGGGUCAUCCCAUCACCACCAAUUUGUUGCAUCAUUUUCUUCAGCUCUUACCGUAUCUUGUUUCACACAUAUCCUUUUAUGUUACGUCUUUAUUCAUGUCACCCUUUUUUAUUAGACACUUAGUUAUUGAUUUAUUGAAUCUCUUUAAAACUAUAAUUUAUAAUGUAUACAUUUAUAUAAAAAUAUAAACUAUUGAAAUGAUCAUGUGCAGAAUGUUGCCCUUUUUUUCUUUCACAGCUGUCUGUGCCGUUGCACACCAUGCCAGAAAAGUCGUCUUUCCUUCCAGAAAAAGCAGAGGAAGCAUACAAAUAGAGGUUCAGUUUUUAAAAUUAAAUACAAAGUAAAAAUUUACAAGUCAAAAUUAACUAUAUAAGUUUAAUAACAGAGCUUUGUUUCUAAUUUUAGAAGUUAGCAUCAUUUUGUAUGGUUUGGAAAGGGGGGGGGGAUUUGGUGAUGCAAGUGUACACAUUUUUUUAAAAGACGUUUAAUUUUGUAAUUCAUGCACAAAAGCCAUGUUUACUUUGAAUUAUGUUUUUCUAUCAAUCCACUGGUCACACUUAGCGUAGCUAAUCUCAAAGAAGCUGAUGUACAAACUUCUCAAUGUGGUUCUGGGCUUGCUUUGUUCUAAAUGUGGGGCAAGGUGGCAUAUUUUGAUUAAAAUAUGACAUUUUCUCUUCUAAACUUGAAUCACUUAAAAAACAACAAAGUAACAAAGAUAUGUAUUUUCAACUUGCAAACUUACUGAAAGGAUUGACUUUUAACUGAUUUAAAUAGAUGAUUAUUUCAACUUUUAAGGCUAUUUUUUUUUUUCUAUUGUUCACAGUUAAUUUUGCCCUGGAUUCUCAUAUAUGCAUUAUUAAACUAAGAACCUAACUGGGCCCCGCACACACUAAGCAACAAAGUAAGAAAGAACAAUGGCCUCCUUGUCACACACUAAGCAACAAAGUAAGAAAGUACAAUGGCCUCCUUGUCACACGCUAAGCAACAUAGUAAGAAAGAACAAUGGCCUCCUUGUCACACACUAAGCAACAAAGCAAGAAAGAACAAUGACCUCCUUGUCACACACUAAGCAACAAAGUAAGAAUGACCUACUUGAUUCACGUUGGCUGUUCAGUUAACUGUAAACGGAUAAUGUUUUCUAUUGCAAUAGGAUCUAGACAAAGAUGAUUCAGCAUCACAGAGCAAGCCACCCUCCAUAGUCCAGGCACACAGCAAUGACAUAAUAUGUGCGGCCAUCAACUCUGCUGGGGACUGCAUAGCCACAGCUUCUACUCAGGUAUCUUUAAAAAUUGCUGGUGCAAAAGUUUUAUCAAGCCUGCGUGGUGGUAAAAAAACAACCUGAAGCAUCUUAUCCAUGGUUAAAUCCUUAACCUGCUGUCUGAGAUACCUUUAACAUAUACCCUUACCAUUUGUCCAUUAAUGGAGCAGAAUUUCUUUCUUUCUGAGUUUUGUGUAUUAAACUUCCUCUAUUUGAUUCAGCUUGAAUAUAUAUCUUUUUCAGGGAACCAAUAUUCACCUUUACCAUGUACAUAGCAAAGGAAUCACAAAACUUCGCAGAGGUUUAGACAAGGCAAAUAUCUAUUGGUAAUUUAGAUGUAUUUCUUUUUGAACAUAUUUUUUAUACCCUGCAGUUUAAAAUAUUUAAAAGCUAUUUUGAAUGUAUGACAAUGAUUUAAGGUACAUAAAAUAUAAGUUUUUCAUACAAACAUAACCUGCAGAAAAAAAGCUGAGUUGAUUAAGUUGUUUUAAAAAGUUAUUUGUAAUGCUUUUAACUAUUCAUUCCUUUGAUCUCAACCUCAUUAGAAUUUUACAACAUUAAGGUCAAGUAUGAUAAACAUCAUUUCUCGUUUACUCUCUUUUUUAAUCAUUUUAUCCUCAUUAGGCAUACCCUUUAUCCUCAUUAGGCAUACCCUACAAGCUCUUAUCUAUGUAGUUCUAAAAUUCCCUGUUUUUUUUUCCUCUUGCAGUUUAAACUUCAGCAAAGAUGGGAGUUACCUUUCCUGCUCCAGUGAUAAGGGUACAGUCCAUGUCUGGUCACUGAAAGAUCCUGAUAUGAACCCAGUUUCAACGUAAGCAUUUUAUCAGUGCAUUGCAGCCAUUAUAAGGCUCACCCUAAACCUUGUUUUAUCCCACCUGGAAUUACACAAAUCGCUCACAAACUCUUAUAAUUUAUAAUACAUUCUGUAUGAAAUUUGUCUAUAGGCUGAAGCCCCUUGUUGGUCUGCCUAAUGAAGUGAAGUCCUACGCGUCAUUCACUGUGACAGCUGAGUGUGCCUGCCUGUGUUCUUUUGGCACUGGGGAUGCCAUGUACGGUCAGUGCAAAUGUAGUAUACGGUUGAUCCUAGCUUUAAGUCCGUAUGAAUGACAGAGAAGAGUUCCUGAAAUCAUGUUGAAAAUCACAGGGAUCCAUGGAGAGCAUCCCUACCCUGAUUGCUGUAUUAAAGUUGUUUAUUAAUACAUUUGCAAAUUAAUAAAAGAGAAAGACUUUAUAUGCCACAUUAUUAGCCACCAUAGUAGGUUGAGCUGAUCCUUAGGCUGAGCUGAGUACAUUCAGAAAUAUAGUAAACAGAAUUUAGAUCGUCUCCCUGUGUGCUGCUAUACCAAAUUGGUCUAAUGUCGGGAUUUGGGUGUAAUGAUGUCAGGAUUUGGGUGUAAUGAUGUCAGGAUUUGGGUGUAAUGAUGUCAGGAUUUGAGUCUAAUGAUUUCAGGAUUUGGGUGUAAUGAUGUCAGGAUUUGGGUGUAAUGAUGUCAGGAUUUGUGUGUAAUGAUGUCAGGAUUUGGGUGUAAUGAUGUCAGGAUUGAGACAAAACAAGUGUCAUCAAAAAGCCUUAUUCCUCAAACAAAAGAGGAGGCAAGACAUAAUGGCAAGACAUCAUGGCAAGACAUCAUGGCAAGACAUAAUGGCAAGACAUAAUGGCAAGACAUCAUGGCAAGACAUCAUGGCAAGACAUCAUGGCAAGACAUCAUGGCAAGACAUCAUGGCAAGACAUAAUGGCAAGACAUCAUGGCAAGACAUAAUGGCAAGACAUAAUGGCAAGACAUAAUGGCAAGACAUAAUGGCAAGACAUAAUGGCAAGACAUCAUGGCAAGACAUCAUUGCAAGACAUAAUGGCAAGACAUAAUGGCAAGACAUAAUGGCAAGACAUCAUGGCAAGACAUCAUGGCAAGACAUCAUGGCAAGACAUAAUGGCAAGACAUAAUGUUAUCAAAACAAACCUCCAAAACAAAGUUUUUUUUGUAAAAAUCCUUUGUUUGCAAUUCAAUGGCUUUAUUAAGUCCAGGGGGGAGGGGGAGGGGGGGGAAUUAGUAAACAAAUCCAGGAUCAAUAUUACAUAUGAUUCUCUGUAACAAUGAACAACGUCAUAUCCCAUAAGCAAAAAAUCGCAAACACAAAGCACAUAGCAACAGCAACAGCUGCACAAUUAACCUCCACAACAAACAACGCACCCAUUAAACAAGGCAUUAACAUUCCACCCCUCUCCCCCCCCCCCACCCGAGUUUUGGGGUUGGGGCUGAAAAUUGGAUAGGAUUUGUUGUCAUCGGCAAUGAGUCUUUGCGCCAAGUUUCAGCUCAACAAUAGGAUGGGAAGUGGAUCAAUUAGCCACAAGAGAAAGAAAGAAACACAUGAACAAAAGCUAGUUAAUAUAAAGGAUUAAAAAAUUAAACGUAAUAAAUGAAUAUGGCUUGUAAAAAUAGGAGUAAUUUUUUCUCUGACCUUGUGAUAUUGUAUUAAAAGUUUCUGCAACAUAAUAUUCUUGCAUAAAUUUGUAAUUUAUAAUACUAUUUACACAUCUUAAAGAUAAACAAAUGUGGAAUUAUCAAUGACAAGGAAUUUAUUUAUUUUUUUUAUAUAUAUGUUUAGCUGUUUGCCUGGAUGGUAGUUUCCACAAAUACAAGCUUGGAAGGGAUGGAUCGCAGACAGACACAGGGAGGAACUGUUUCCGGGUGUCCUAUGACAUCUAUCCUAACCUGGGGGAACUGUUUGAUUAAUAAGAGCUGUGGUCAAAAUCCUUCUGUUCGCUUUAUUUUACAUUGAUAAUUAGACUCUUGAUAAGACUGGCUGGUGUGGGACAAUGCUAAAAUAUAUUACAUCUUAUGGUGAAGCUGACUUAUAAAAAAAAGGCUCUAAUUUUGUACAUUCAGUGAGACUGGUGCUUGACAAAUUUGAUUUCAAGCAUACUUAACUUUGAAGAGUUUAUUCCCCACAUUUCAUUCACAACCAUAAAAUAUCUUGCUAAUGGCAGAAAUAACCAGGGAUGAGAAUGUCUGGAAUAUAUUUCAGCAGAUGAAAGAAUGAGUUAAACUAUUUGGAGAAUAUCCUGAAGAAAGCAUGUUAUUAUUUUUUAUCCUUACGAUCCAGAUUUAUUUAAUUUAUUUAUAAUAACAGCCUCAUAAAAAUAUUUUUUCGCUUUUCAGCUCCCAUCCUGUUUUUAUUUGGCUGUUUGAAUUUUUCUGCAGUGCUGAAAUAAUGCAUUUACUGGUCAGAACAUAGAACUUGAUAAAAGAUAGAGCUCUAAAUUUUGUUAUUAUAAUUUUUUUCUUUCUUUAAAUUUGUGUUAAUUAACUUUUCUGACAUAAAGUUAAACAGAAAAGAUGAGAUGUUAAUUUAGCCCAAACGCUCUCCUCAUUUUGGUUGUGUAAAUCAGUUAAACAGCCAAUCUGGUACUGAAAUUUAUACAUCAGUUGUACCAGAACAAGUCACAUUGUAAAAUUGUUUAGUUAUUCCUGUAGUAGCUGAUUGAAUUUAACUGUGCACUUAAGCUUUGACAUUUUUUUUCCCCUUUUAUGUUCAGACUCAAAAUUUUAAUCCCAUUAUUUUUAAAACUGUACAUAGUAAUAAAAAAUAUUUUAUCACAUACAACAUGUCUGUCCUUCAUAUUAUAAUUUUUGUGUCUGAUAUUCAACCUGAAUUUUACUGAGCUUUAAAAAAAGCCAUUCAGAAAAGUCUUCAUCCAUCUACUUUUGUGUACAUUAUUAUUAUUACCUGUUUUCUGCUUUCAGUGUACAUUUUCCAAAUAAACCAGAGAUAUUGUCAGCAUUUGUCUAAAGUUUGAAAGUUCAGUGUGUGACCAUCUCCUUAAAAUGACAUUAAAUUGUGAUUUAUAAAGUUUUUAAUGUGAAGCUCUGCUGGCCGUUUGUUUUUCUCUCAACAGCAUUAAGAAUAAUUUGUGCUGGCACUAUAUGUUUAUCAUUCAAUAACAGCAAUAGUUUAUCCAUGGAUUUCAUUCUUUUACUGGUGCACAGAAAUAUGUUCUCAUAGUCAUACCAGCAGGCAAUCUACAGAGUGCUGAUGUCCUAUGUCACUGCAUUUGUUUGUUUUUGUAUAACUAUUUUUCAAUAUAUUCCUAUUGCUUGAGGGUGAGAUGACAUCACAAUUUCUAUAUUUUUAAGAAAAAAAUAAUGAGGUGUCGUUUAAAUGUCAGUAAAUAAAAAUGAUACAUUUUUACCACCUUAAAAGCCAGAAAAUAAAUGCUUGAAAACAAGCCAGCCAAAGGCAAGAGCAGAAUGAGAUCUGUGCGAACAACAUUUGAAAUACAAUUGCCCUUCUCUAUUUUUCUUUUUAAGGUGAGCCAAUUUCUGUUUUAUAAUUAGCAAGGUAAAAUCGGUCUCACUGUUUGUUUUUUAACAGAAUUUUAAAUGAAAUGGUGAUAAUGGUGCAGCAUUCUUUUUCUCAAAAAUUGUCCAAUGGAAUCAGAUUUGCUAUUGAUAAAUAUGCGAGUGUGAGCUUUUCUUCAUAAUUCAUCAUAUCAUUUUUAAAAAAAACAAAAACAAUUUUUUUUAGCAUAAAUUUUAUUUUCCAUACACAGAACCAAAGUUUGUUUAUAAAGAAUAAAUAAAUGAUUUACUAGGCAUUGGUUAAUUUGUACUGACAAGAUAGGUUAACUUGUACUGACAAGAUUGGUUAACUUAUACUGACAAAAUUGGUUAACGUGUACUGACAAGAUUGGUUAACGUGUACUGACAAGAUUGGUUAAUUUGUACUGACAAGAUUGGUUAAUUUGUACUGAUAAGAUCGACACAUUUUUUAACUGAAUUUUUUUCAAAGUGCAUUUUCCAGUCAAUGUAUUCUAUUCACUCCUGGGUUCUAGAGUUAAAGUUUUUUUCAUAUUCACUGUAACAGUUGAAACUGCCAAUUAUUUAAUCAUGUUUUGUUGCACAUGAAGAAUACCGGCUUAUAUCAUUGUGCUUUGUGAGAAAUAAUUUCCCAUCCAAUGUUUACUGCACCAUAAGGUUGUCACAUUGGCAAAUACCUUCUUGCACAAUAUCAUCACUUCCUUCCAUGGUGUCAGGCUUUUAAAUUUAGAAAUUUUGUUACAAUCGCACGGGAUUGGUGUAAUGAUAACAAAAUUGCUAAAGCAAAAAUAAAUAUAACUGAAGAUGGAGCAUACUGCGUGUUAAUUUUAAAAUGUCACUUUACCCAUCAACAAAACAUUCUAAGGGCCAUUUGAAAUAGUCUGACAUCAAAACAAAAAUGCUAAUAGUAGAACAUCUGGCCCUAAUGGGACAGCGGUCCCAGUGUUUCAUUCAACUGAAGCUGUUGUGAGAACUGAUAUGUCACCCCAGACGGACCAGGUGGUGGCUUUAACGCUUUGCAGACCAGCUGGAAAAUAGUUUAGACAGGCAUUAAUCCAUUGAUUUGAAAUCACAGAGUAUUGUGAGAAAUAAGGGUGUCAGAAAUAAAAGUUAUCAAUUGUGCAAUGAUUGUCUUCCAAUGCAGAUGACAUUUCCUACCUAACUUUCAGAAUUAUUUUACUUUAAAAAACAACAAGCAAGCAAAAACUGGUGAAGUUAUUAAACAGUUCUUUGAAUCAAGUAUCUGGCUAGUGUUUGUACUUUCCCCACUGUGCAAUACUUCAAUAUUUUACGCCACUCUGAUGUGAUUAAUCAAGGCUAUUGCAUAUCACAAAUCAAAUAAGCUGAUGCGCUUUAGUGUAAGAAAUAUUUAAAUGCUUAAUUUGAUUGAUGUGGAGUUUGGAUGGAGGAAAGAUUUUGAAGGAGUCUAAUGGGCAGAACAUUUUGAGAAGCACCAUCACAGCUGCCGUCUAAUCUUAGGUUGGAAAUUCGAUCUCAGCCACGAAUUUUGCCAUAAUCAAUGUUCGAUGAACUCAAAUGAAGAACACUGGAUUGGUUUGUGGCCAUAUGUAGCAAAAAGUUCUCUUGCCCUUCUUUCUGUAUUCUAUCAAUAGUUUUCAUGUCUAUUCAAGUGUCAGAUCAUUGGCUUCCUGUUACCCGCCUGAUCAAGUCAAAACAAUGAACGCAGAUGGUGUCUUAGUGUAACUAUCCCAGGCUAUUUUCAAGUAUAUCUUUUUCAUGUGAUUGAAUUAGUGAUAUUUUUGCAAUUUUUUUUUUCUUUUUAAAUGUGAAACCCA